AGGUUCUGAGGGGUCAGGCCGACAAGGAGGACCCGAGGCACUGGAGGAGCAUUGAAGGAGAAGAUCUGCCUGUGGGUCUUCAUUGCCCAGCUCCUGCCCACAUUCCUGCCUGCUGCCCUGACCAAAGUCAUCAUGCCUCUUGAGCAGAGGUGUCAACACUGCAAGCCUGAAGAAGGUCUUGAGGCCCGAGGAGAGGCCCUUGGCCUGGUGGGUGCGCAGGCUCCUGCUACUGAGGAGCAGGAGACUGCCUCCUCCUCUUCUACUCUAGUGGAAGUCACCCUGGGGGAGGUGCCUGCUGCUGAGUCACCAGGUCCUACCCAGAGUCCUCAGGGGGUCUCCAGCUUCUCUACUACCAUCAACUACACCCUUUGGAGCCAAUCCGAUGAGGGCUCCAGCAACCAAGAAGAGGAGGGACCAAGAAUGUUUCCUGACCUGGAGUCCGAGUUCCGAGCAACACUCAGGAGGAAGAUGACUGAGUUGGUUCAUUUUCUGCUCCUCAAGUAUCGAGCCAGGGAGCCGUUCACAAUGGCAGAAAUGCUGGAGAGUGUCAUGAGAAAUUGCCAGUACCUCUUUCCUGUGGUCUUCAGCAAAGCCUCCGAGUACUUGCAGCUGGUCUUUGGCAUCGAGGUGAUGGAAGUGGUCCCCAUUGGCCACUUGUACAUCCUUGUCACCUGCCUGGGCCUCUCCUACGAUGGCCUGCUGGGCGACAAUCAGAUCAUGCCCAAGACAGGCCUGCUGAUAAUCAUCCUGGCCAUAAUCGCAAUAGAGGGCGACAGUGCUCCUGAGGAGAAAAUCUGGGAGGAGCUGAGUGUGUUGGAGGUGUUCGAUGGGAGGGAGGACAGUGUCUUCGCACAUCCCAGGAAGCUGCUCACCCAAGAUUUCGUGCAGGAAAACUACCUGGAGUACCGGCAGGUGCCCGGCAGUGAUCCUGCAUGCUACGAGUUCCUGUGGGGUCCAAGGGCCCUCAUUGAAACCAGCUAUGUGAAAGUCCUGCACCACGUGCUAAAGAUCAGUGGAGAGCCUCACAUUUCCUACCCACCCCUGCAUGAAUGGGCUUUGAGAGAUGGGGAAGAGUGA